UGUCCGAAAAACACACCAACAACACCCCGAAUAAGAAAAACUGCCCGGGUUGGUGUCCUCUUUGUCGUAGACGGUCGGUUUUAUUCGUUUCGGACCUGAGAUUCGCGUAAAUGGUAAGAACAAAGGAAUAAGGUCCGAGGGAAGUGUAUUUUUUUCUGGCUAAACUCACCUCGCCAAAUGAACUCCGUCAGAGCGAGCAGCAGGAGACCCAGGCGAGUGUCGAGGCCGCGCCCGGUGCAGCCGGAAAGAAACAACGCAGAAAGAGAUGAGGACAUCCCUGCAGAUAUGGUUGCAGAAGAAUCCGGUCCAGGAGCUCAAAACAGUCCAUACCAACUCCGCAGAAAAUCCCUGUUGCCUAAAAGAACCGUGUGCCCAACAAAAAGCAGUAUGGAGGGAGCCUCCACUUCAGCCACAGAAAAUUUUGGCCACAGAGCUAAACGUGCAAGAGUGUCAGGAAAAUCCCAAGACCUGCCAGCCGCCCCCGCGGAGCAGUAUCUACAAGAGAAGCUUCCGGAUGAAGUUGUCCUAAAGAUCUUCUCCUACCUGCUGGAGCAGGAUCUGUGCCAGGCCGCCUGCGUAUGCAAGCGAUUCAGUGAGCUUGCAAAUGACCCCAUUCUCUGGAAGAGGUUGUACAUGGAGGUGUUUGAGUACACACGACCCAUGAUGCAUCCAGAGCCGGGGAAGUUCUACCAGAUCAACCCAGAAGAGUAUGAGCAGCCCAAUCCAUGGAAGGAGAGUUUUCAGCAGUUGUAUAAAGGAGCACAUGUUAAACCUGGUUUUGCUGAACACUUUUAUAGCAAUCCCGCCAGAUAUAAAGGCAGAGAGAAUAUGUUGUAUUACGACACCAUUGAAGAUGCACUGGGAGGGGUGCAGGAAGCUCAUUUCGACGGCCUGAUAUUUGUCCAUUCUGGCAUUUACACAGAUGAAUGGAUCUACAUUGAGUCCCCCAUCACAAUGAUUGGCGCAGCCUCAGGGAAGGUAGCUGACAAGGUUGUCAUUGAAAACACUAGAGAUUCAACGUUUGUCUUUAUGGAGGGAUCUGAAGACGCUUAUGUGGGCUACAUGACCAUCAGGUUCAACCCUGAUGAUAAAUCAGCCCAGCAUCAUAAUGCUCAUCACUGUUUGGAGAUCACCGUUAACUGCAGCCCAAACAUCGACCACUGUGUUAUCCGCAGCACCUGCACAGUGGGAUCAGCGGUAUGUGUAAGCGGUCAGGGUGCUGGUCCAACCAUAAAACAUUGCAACAUCAGCGAUUGUGAGAACGUUGGGCUGUACAUCACUGAUCACGCACAGGGUAUUUAUGAAGACAAUGAAAUCUCAAACAAUGCGCUUGCGGGUAUCUGGGUAAAAAACCACGGCAAUCCUAUAAUCAGACGUAAUCAUAUCCACCACGGCAGAGACGUGGGAGUGUUUACCUUCGACCAUGGCAUGGGCUACUUUGAGAGCUGUAAUAUCCACAGGAAUAGGAUCGCAGGGUUUGAGGUGAAAGCAUAUGCUAACCCCACUGUGGUACGCUGUGAGAUCCACCAUGGCCAAACAGGGGGCAUCUACGUACAUGAGAAGGGCCGAGGGCAGUUCUUAGAAAAUAAAAUCUAUGCCAAUAAUUUCGCUGGGGUAUGGAUCACCUCCAACAGUGAUCCGACUAUAAGGGGAAAUGCCAUCUUCAAUGGAAACCAAGGUGGCGUUUACAUAUUUGGUGAUGGUAGAGGCCUUAUUGAGGGAAAUGAUAUUUAUGGAAAUGCCCUGGCUGGAAUUCAGAUUAGAACGAACAGCUGUCCUAUCGUGAGACACAACAAGAUCCAUGAUGGCCAGCAUGGAGGGAUCUAUGUGCAUGAAAAGGGCCAGGGUGUAAUAGAGGAGAAUGAGGUGUACAGCAACACUCUGGCAGGCGUGUGGGUCACAACAGGAAGCACACCAGUGCUCAGGAGGAACAGGAUACACAGCGGCAAACAGGUUGGAGUGUAUUUCUAUGACAAUGGACACGGAGUACUGGAGGAUAAUGAUAUCUACAAUCACAUGUACUCUGGAGUCCAGAUCAGAACUGGAAGCAAUCCAAAAAUCCGAAGAAAUAAAAUUUGGGGCGGGCAAAAUGGAGGCAUCCUUGUUUACAACUCUGGGCUUGGCUUCAUCGAGGACAAUGAGAUCUUUGAUAAUGCCAUGGCAGGGGUGUGGAUUAAGACGGACAGCAACCCGACGCUGCGCAGAAAUAAGAUUCACGAUGGUCGGGAUGGGGGCAUUUGCAUAUUCAACGGUGGGAGGGGGUUGUUGGAAGAGAACGACAUCUUCAGAAACGCACAGGCUGGUGUUCUCAUCAGCACAAACAGUCACCCGGUGCUGCGAAAGAACCGGAUAUUUGAUGGUUUUGCUGCAGGCAUUGAAAUUACAAAUCAUGCCACUGCAACCCUGGAAGGCAAUCAAAUAUUCAAUAAUAGAUUUGGAGGGUUAUUUCUAGCCUCUGGUGUCAACGUUACAAUGAAAGAUAAUAAAAUCAUGAACAAUCAAGAUGCCAUAGAAAAGGCUGUUAGCAGAGGUCAGUGCCUGUACAAGAUUUCCAGUUACACCAGCUACCCCAUGCACGAUUUCUACAGGUGUCAUACCUGUAACACAACAGACCGGAAUGCAAUUUGUGUGAAUUGUAUUAAGAAGUGCCACCAAGGGCAUGAUGUGGAGUUUAUACGGCAUGAUAGGUUUUUUUGUGACUGCGGCGCAGGUACAUUGUCCAAUCCUUGCACAUUGGCCGGAGAGCCAACCCAUGACACGGACACUCUUUAUGACUCUGCACCUCCCAUAGAAUCCAACACGUUACAGCACAACUGAGAUUAAGCUCAUCCGUCAUCACAGCACCCUGGUUUUCAUUUUACCUGCCUACAGAUCCAGAGCGCCUGCCAUUUCUGGGACAGAGAUACCUUUUGUGCACAGUGUGUGUGGAUAACAAAACGUCAGACUUUGAAUUAAUACAUUUAAGAGAACUACAAAAGUGAAACACAGAACUCUGUGUAAAGCUGCCUCAGUACUGGACGCAGACUCCUGUAUAUUGCUAUCCAGAAAGAUAUCUUGGAUGCAAGGAGUUCUACUUGGAAUACUCUGAACGUACAGAGAAAUAAUGGUUGGGAGAACAACAGAAAAUUUGGAAGAGGAAAAUAUUGUUAAGCAAUAUGUUGACUCAGGAUUAAGGAGAUUAUUGAGGUGGUACCACAGUGGUAUUGAGUUUGGGAAGGGAAUAAACUUUCUUCGUUCCUUCCGACCGCAUAGUCUUACAGUGUGUCCUGUGCGACUUCAUCUUGGAGAUUGAAGACGAGUUAUGCUGCCGAAUAUGUACAGACCUAACCACGGCCGGAGCCACUAGAAGCUAUAGAUAACCGUUUCUCGGAUUAGAGGCAGAGCCAUACCACUAUGGCUUCCCCCACGACUGUUUUUUGACAGCCGAUGUGCUGAAAUAUAUGUAUGAUAUAAAAAAUUAACAAAAAACAAUGUGAUUAGCACUUGCUUUUUUAAUAUGUUAAUAUGUUAUUCUGAUCUACAAAUAUGAUUUUAAUGCUUUCUCAUGUAGUUUUGUAUUUUCAGGCAAAAAAAAAUUACUGUAUUUGAAUGUCUUUUAUUUUAUUAUAUAUUAUUAUUAUUGUUGUUAUUAAUAUUUUUGUUAGCACACAUUAGGCUUGCUGUAAUUAUACUCGUGUCUCAGCAUAUAAGUUCUUUCUGUGAAAGAGGAAUAACAAAGAUCAGUAAACACUA